AUGACGAAGACGAUGAUAGUGACGACGGCGGCGAUUGUACGCUGCAGGUACCCACUGUCCCCGACACAUGUGGUUUUCAUUGAUGGUGAUGGUGAUGAUGAUGAUGAUGAUGUAUGUAUCCACUGCCCCCCUGAGUGGGACAACUACAAGUGCUGGCCAGCUACCCCGGCAAACACAACUGUGUAUGGGCCCUGUCCGACAAUCUACGGCUUCAACGAUUCACUCUUACUCGCUCAUCGCAGAUGUUCUGCCAAUGGGAAGUGGGAGAAUGGUAGCUGGACCAACUAUACGGCCUGUGGGGACUAUGUGCGCAAGCCCGAUGACCUUUUACCUUUCGGUGAUGAUGGCGUGCAGGUGGAGCUGGCCAAUGUGUUGACUGACGUCUACUACGCCGGCAGUAUCAUCUCCCUCACCUUCCUCAUCAUCACCCUCUUCAUCUUCUGCUACUUCAGGUCGUUACAGUGUAGCCGAAUCUCCAUCCACAAGAACCUCGUGGUGUCAUUCAUCUUCCGCUUCACUCUCAUCCUCAUCCUCCUCGUGCCCUAUGUGUCAGACAGGAAUUACCCUACAUACAAGGACGUGCGUUGGCUGUGCAACGUGCUUAUGGCACUACAAUGGUACUCUGUACUGGCCACCUUCUCCUGGAUGCUGGUUGAAGGCAUAUUUCUACACAACCGACUUGUCGUAUACGUCUUCAGAUCGGAUGCUCCAUUCAAACUGUUCUACUUCAUCGGAUGGGGCAUUCCUGCUAUUAUCACCGUCACCUGGGCUGUGGUAACUCAUUAUUUCAACGGAGACAAAUGCUGGAACGCAUCCUCGAAUUCUCCCUUCAUCUUCAUCAUAUUUGCUCCAAUCCUUCUGGCUCUGGUGAUUAAUCUUGCUUUCCUCAUCAACAUUAUUCGAGUGUUGAUAACAAAGUUACGAGCGCACAACACGAUAGAAUCCAGACGGAUAAGAAAAGCCAUCAAAGCGACGGUAGUACUGUUUCCUCUGUUGGGGAUCACCAACUGUUUGUUUCUGGCUAAACCGUCAGAUGACAAGAGUGUGUUAAUGGCGGUCUACAGGGUGACAAACGCCAUUCUACCAGCAUGUCAGGGAAUCUUUGUCACAGUUUUAUACUGCUUUAUGAAUACGGAGGUUCAGAGUGUCAUAAGGAAGAAGUGGAACCGAUUUCGGAUCAACAGAGCAAUGAAUUCCAGAACAAGGCGGCGAAGUUCAAGGACCUCAUCCUUCUUCCUGUCCCAAAGCGAGGUAGUCUUCAUGGUUUCGUUUCGGAAGAAAAAAGUCUGGAGUAAGCGGUCACGCCCUCGCCCCUGUGAUUACACAAUUCCAGAAAUAGACAACAGCAUGCAAUGCACGUGUUUAUGCGAUGACAAGGACUGUCAGGGGUGUACGGGAGACCCACAUUUUGAUUAACAAAAUCAAC